AUGUCUUCCUACACUCCACAAAUAUCAACUGAGAAUGAUGACUCGGCGUCGAUCUUUUCAGCCACAACACUCCAGAACACAGAGUACGGGUCGACUGCUACAGUCACAGACGCCGCAACGGGCACAGAGCCGCUCAUACUUUACCUGAGUACCACGCAAGCGUACCAGCUGCAAUCGGAGCGGUCCAAGUCCCAGCUUCGCGCUCAAACAUGCCUUCGAAUACCGCCCCGUUAUGCCCCAGAGAGGAAUGAGAUCCGGUCGAAGAUCAGGGCCGGCUCUGACGGGGUGAGACUCUCGCCAGAGGUCAGAAAGUCACUCGACACGCAAAUCAACAUACCCAUCAACAGCCUCUUUCCGGGAGAUCACCCUGACGCCGACAUGAUUGGCCGAAUGAGCACGAGCUUUGAGCCGGGCCUUGAAUACCCUCUUGCUAGCUUCGUCGAUACACUCCAAAGCGUCUCUUUGCGGUGGGCUGAGGUUAGCCGGAGUUCGGGUGCAUCUGGUGCAUGGAGAGCCAUCGACGAACCCAAGCCCAUUGAUGACGAAUAUGAUCCGCAUUGCGAAGAGCCGGUGCUCUGGGCCUUUCCUUCCCAGGCCACGGCUUAUCUGGGGUUCGGGAGGUAUGUGUCAAUCAAGACAAAGAGGAACCAUCCGAUCCAGAGCUACAACAUCUUCCCAGUCAUUACCUUGACUCCUACAGGCGGCACUGCGCAGCAUCAGCAUCACCAGGCUGGCCUAAACUACCUCCUGACCCUCACUCGAGCUCCCGUGCCUACGCCGAAUUUCGAUGAGCCCUUGAUUGUUCGGUCAGAUGAUGCGGAACACUUCAGCAUGAUUGCCGCCGCCAAAGACAAGGUGAUCCGGACAGACCUAGCAUCACUGCGCGAGCACCUGACUCCUCCUCUCAAGGCCAGCCUAGACGCAGAGGAACCAGGCGGAGGGUCACUUCUUGACCCGUUCAACCGCGAAACGAUCUACAGCGGGGUCUACGCGACUGACCGCGGUCGCGCGGAGCAGGUCAUCCCAGCAUUGGUAUCCACUGGUUUCAGAAUAUAG